AGCGAGAAACGACUUGGGCGCAUCGAGCACAUUUUUUUUAUACGCGCGAAGUUUGAACUUAGAAACUCCGGAGCGAAUUUCUGUCGAAUUAAACGUUCAAACUCCGGAACGUUCGAAGUACGAGAUACCACUGUAUAUGUAUGGUUCCACAAGAUAUAUAACAUAAUUUUAAUAGACAUUUUUCAUAUAGUUUUAAAUUCAUAAAGUUUUUUAAAGAUAUUUUGAGAGUUAUCAAAUUACUAUAAUAUCAAAAAUAGACUAAAUGUGAACAUUAUACUGUAUUUAAACGCUUACGAAAUAUUGAUUAACAAUGAUAUUGAUCAAUAAAUGAAAACGAAUUUAUUGUUAUCUGAAAAAUCAGAACAAUCAGUUUUCAAGACUAUUCUUUUACAAUGUUAUUCCUGGAAUCCAUCUUCUGUUUGGUUAAAGAUGAGAUUUCUAGCGAAGUGGACGCCAUUAUAGUGCCUGUACAUCUAGCCAUGAUCCGAAUGGGAAAACUGUGCGUCGGAGCUGGAGAGAUUUGGCCUUCCGAGGUGGUAGAAGAAAAAUCCGAACUACUUCCCACAAAUUGGAACUCAAAUCCGGAAAAAUAUGUUUUCAGAUAUGUGGACAUAAAAAAUAAUCGAUUUUUGAUGAAGGCGGUAAGAUCGCAAGAAUUCAUUUUUGUCAAUAUAAUAAACGUGAAUAUUGAUCUGGCAACCGAAUCCGCGCUGAAAAUAAACAAUUACGUCAACGAAUCGUUUAAAGAUUUCAGAUCCGCCUACAAGAAUUUGGCAGUUUUGGAAAAAUUAGUAGCCGAUUUAUUGGCUAUUGUAGAAGAUUUUGACAAUUUCUAUCAACCAUCAGAUUUCGAUUCUGAAAUAAACUACUUAUCACCCUUAUUGAAAAAAGUGGAUUUAAAUAAUUUAAAAACAAUUGACUCUGAAGAAAUGAUAGACAAAAACAGCGAAGAGAAGAUCUUAGAAAUAGAGCAACCCGGACGGAGACAAAAUGGCGGUCAAAUUUUAUUUGGAAAGGAUGGCUAUCUGUAUAUUGCAACUGGAGAUGGAGGAGAUUUGGCCAAUAAAAGAUUUAAUAAAAAUUCCUUGUUAGGAAAAAUUCUUCGAAUUAAUGUAUCUUGUAUUAGUAUAUCUAAAAAAUAUUGCAUUCCUCGCGAUAAUCCAUUCUUAAAUGCAAAACACGCCAAGGAAGAAAUCUAUGCUUAUGGCUUCCGCAAUCCUUGGAGAUGUUGUUUAGAUCCGGGAGAUCCGUUUACAGGAUAUGGAGAAGGAAGAAUUUUUUGCGGUGAUAAUGGGGAAGAACAUCCUUAUGAAGAAAUAAACUUAGUUGUUCGUGGUGGACGAUACGGAUGGAUUGAAUUAGAAGAAUCAAAAUGUAGCUCGCUAAAACAAUGUCAAAAUGUCUUUCGUGAAAGUAAUCUCCCAUCCGAAGACCAGUUACCAUUAUACGAAUACACCCAUCCAAAAGGUCAAGCAAUUGUUGGUAUCGUGGUAUAUAGAGGACAAAAUAUUUCCUUUUUAAAUGGAGCAAUAGUAUAUGCUGAUUUUGUUCAAGGCUCUCUCCACUAUUUAGAAGAAACUUCAAAUUAUCAAUGGAUAUCGAAAGAUAUUUCCGUUGAACUUUGUAAAGACGAAAAUAAAAACUUUAAUGGAUCUUUUAUUUUAGGUUUAUCUUUAGAUGAGGAAGGUGAGAUUAUUGUGAUGAAAACUCAAAGUUUAAACAGUUUUUCUGCGACAGGCAUCUUAUAUCGACUUAUUACUCAACCCGUUUCUUCCUCCUCAGGUGGUUAUUAUUCAUCUACUUUAUUAAUUAUAAUUUUAUCGAUAGAAAGUUUA